AUGAUAGACGCUCCUGCAGGUACCGGUAAGACUUUCACAGAGAAAUGUUUGGCUUCAAGAUUGAGGGGUGAAGAUAAAGUGGUUUUAAUCGUUGCAUCGACGGGUAUUGCCGCUUUGCAGCUGCCCGGAGGGUGGACAGCUCACAGCAUGUUCAAAUUACCAAUGGAUGACAACCUAACGCCGUCAUGUGUCUGUAACAUCAGCAGUCAGACUCAAAGAGCAGAACUCAUCCGUCAGUCCAACCUCAUUAUUUGGGAUGAACUUCCCAUGACUCACAGAUACUGCGUUGAAGCUCUCGACAGAACUCUAAAAGACCUCAUGGCCGUAGAUCAACCCUUUGGAGGAAAGACCAUUCUAUUUAGCGGUGACUGGCGCCAAACAGGUCCAAUUGUCAAAAACGCUGCACCUACUGACACCGUCGACGCCGCAUUUAUCUCCAGCCCUCUCUGGAAGGGUGUCAUGCGUUUCAGACUCAACAAAUCACAGCGAGACAAGGAAGACCCCCAGUAUGCAUCUUUUGUCAGGUCCAUAGGAGAGGGUUCACGCCCAACAGUUACCAUGUCCGAUGGAUCCAAGCUAACUCCACUAAACAACCACGACAACGAAGACACCGCCAACCAUUUUCAGCUAAGGUACACGACCGACUUUGACGAACUGCUCCGCUUUGUGUACCCUGACCUCUCACAGCAGUCCCGUAUAUGGAACACUCGUGCUAUCCUUGCAACCACUAACCACUCCAUCGACCGUUCAAACGACACGAUUUCCGACAAUCGCCCUGGCAACUAUGUCUCUUUCUUCAGUUCGGAUUCUCUAAUCUCGGACGAGAAAAACAGACGUACUGCUUUCGCGUCUCCUGAGCACCUCAAUCAGCUUAAUGUCCAAGGCAUACCGCCUCACGAACUCAAACUAAAAACUGACACCCUCGCUUUAAUAACACGCAACCUCAACUUCUCCGAGGGCCUCGUGAACGGCCAAAAGUGCGUCGUCCUCGCCGUCUCUGCAUCAAGUAGAGUGCUGCAAGUUCAACUUCUCACUGAAGAAAGACCCCGACCUAUUGUUCUCAUCCCGAGAAUCAACUUCCAGGGUAAAGUAGGUCGCAAUGGCAUUUGCUUUACUCGAAAACAAUUUCCUCUGAGAACCGCGUAUUCAAUGACCAUUAACAAGAGCCAAGGUCAAACUCUGUCCAAGAUCGGCCUCGACCUUAGGUCUUCCCCUUUCGCUCAUGGUCAACUCUACGUUGCUCUCAGCCGCUCACAGAAUCGCACCUCCAUCAUGUGCCUUUUGCCUGACACCCACAUUAUCGACGGCAUCCCCUACACGGACAACAUAGUUUACCCUCCUCUCAUUCAAGCCGCCACGUUUGGUGAUUACCAUCCCGGUAACAGCAUCUCAGGUAGCGUCGGCGGAGACAAAGACACUCAAUCAUGUGAUGGGGAUGAAGAGUCUGUUGAUGAUGCCGACAAAGAUGACACGGAUUCUGUUGACGAUUCCGACAACGAUGACGCCAACGCAGACUCUCUGGGUUCUUGGACAGUCCUUGACGAGAUUGGUGACGGUGCUUGCAUGCUGCGUUGCGUUUCACGAUACAUUUACGGCUCGCCCAUCACACACCGAGUAUCUGAAACUUAUGUCACACCCCACUGCAUAUUGCACGAACCUUGAACUUCGCGCUGCCUCUCAAUUGUACAACCGAGAGUUUCGUAUUACACUCAUUGGCAAUCCUUAUCCCGCUCCACCGUCACCAACCACCUGCGACCUACUGUACAACGGACACAAUCACUACCAAACCUUGACUUAUAACUGCCCCUCUUAAUGCUUUCAACUGCGCAUUCAUACAAAUUUCUCAGAUUAACGUUCCGGACG